CAUUGCAGCUUUUAUCUUUUUAUUCAUUGAACUAAAAACAAAGUCUCCAUUUGGGUUAGUCCUAAUGUCAAAGGGUAUAUUUUUUCGCGCCAAUUUUUCUCGACAUGAAAUCCUGGUCGUCCCAUAUUUUCUCCAGACGACCGUCCUAGUCCGUUGGUUCCUCCCGUCCCUCAGAUAGCCCGUACUUUCAUGGAAAACACCAUUGCAUUGAUUGACUGUUACAUUCAGGUUCAUAGAAAGCAAGAUGCCUAAAGCAGUUGCUCAGUCAAAGCAGCACAGAAAGCAAAAUGGACAAAAACAAUAUCACUCAUGGAAUGCUUGUACCAGCACAAGCAACACCAGCAGGAAAGGUCCAAGAUCGAAGUCAUCAUGCUCAUCAAGAUCCCAACACAACACUGAAUUGACAGCAGGGUUCACUGCACAGCCAAUGAGAAGGAGGUUCUAUGAAGAGCAAGAUGAAGGAGAAAGAGUCCAACAAAGGGAGAGGGUUGGUUAUUUUAGAAGAAGUCCUGUGAAGACAAGAAGUGGUGUGGGGGACAUACCAAAACAUCCAGCCUCUACAGCCCAGAGCAGGAGUGCCGGCAGUGAGGGGAGAGGGAGGGGAGGUUACUGGAGAACAAGUCCUGUACAGACAAGGAGCGGCCGGAGGACAUCCAGACAUCCUCCCUCCGCAUCUCAGAGCAGGAGUGACAGCAGAGAGAGGGCAGAGGAGGCCACAACCAGCCAGGCUGGAGAGCACCAUGGCAACGGUAGAAGGGAUCAAGAUGCUGGGAUAAGCACAUUACAACAUGGAACAAAUCACAAUACAAGGAGCAGUAUCAAACAUCCACGCCUUUGGCAAAGUGCUUCACACAGUGGGAUAACUGGCGAAACAACAAGGAGAGCUCCCCACAGGCGAUCACCGAUACAGACCAGGUCAAGCUCACGCUCACACUCACAGGGUAGUUAUGCACAGGCUACAAAUAGACAGCAAUCCACACAGCUGCAACCAAGAGCCAAAGCAGCACAACGGAAGAAAAACAGCAGCAAGCAGGUAUCCGUUAAUGUCAGCCAGGCAGGCACUAUUCGGGGAACUGCCGUGAGGCAGAGACCAGGAACAGCACAAAGCACGCGCCCAACUUCCUCAAGGCCCCAAAAGUCAUCUGGGGCACGUCAAGGUAACAGAAAAACAGCAGUGCCAACUCGGGGGAAAGCUCGACCAGCUGAGAGGAAGACAGGUAGGAAAGCCAAUGGGACGACAGCCACUCCAAGGGGAGGAACAGCACAGUCUGGUGAGAGAAAGCGUGGAGUUAAGCAAACUAAGGUGGCAACUCAAACCAAAGGGAAGAAAAGAACAGGCAGCCAGGCAUUUGGUAGCCAGGGCAGCCAGGCAACAGCAGAAGCAGGCAUAGCUGUGAAAGGGAUCAAGCAGACAGGAACAGUCAAAUCAGCUAAGAAACAAAAUGAAAGUCCUACAACAGCAGAAGCAACCAAGAAGCAGAAGAUAGCAGCGGAGCCUGACUGUUGUCCCAUCUGUCUGUCUGAGCUGACGACCCAGCAGCUAGCACACCCUGACGUCUGCCGCCAUGUCUUCUGUCUGGGAUGUCUGCAGACCUGGCAACAGAGGAGGAACACCUGCCCAAUCGACAACAAACAGUUCCAGACACUUGUACUGUGUGGCCUAGAUGGGAAGGACCAGAUGCCAGUGGUUGAGAACCAGAACAAUAGAAACGGAGUAGUACCGGCCGGCAACCAGCCUAACAGUCUGUUACCGGUAACAGAGAACAGAAGUGACGCCAGGGGUCAGAUGGAUCACAACAAUGAUCAGAGAGGUUACGCUGGUCCAGGGAACUGGGGUUAUGAUGAAAGGGGUUGGGAUGACAGUUCUAGUCUUCCGGAUGAUGAAGAAUAUCUGCCCACAUUUGCCUCUAUAUUUGAGGAUGAUACAUAUGAUGAUCCAGAGAAUUGGCGGGAUGACCAGCGUGGUUGGUAUGAUAUGCCCUCUAUUGAGCCACCGCCUGCUUUUGACGAUUACCCAUCUGAUGAUGAUGAUGAUAGCACUGUUAUCCCAAUAAGUAGUGACUCAGAACGUCGGGACACCAAUGUAAAUGGUGGCUCUGAACACUCUGAUCAGGGGGAUUGGGUAAUAGCCUGCCGUUACAGACGUGCACCAGAAGAGAGGGAUAACUCCCACCAGGAAGAUAGGAAUGAUGGGCAUGGAAGUGGGGAUGAUUACCAUGGGGACUGGGGUACUGAGGAAGGGAAUUCCGACUCUGACCAGGGGGAUUGGGUAGUAGGCUGCGAUUUCACACGUGCACCAGAAGAGUGGGAUAACUCCCACCAAGAAGAUUGGGAUGAUGGGCAUGGAAGUAGGGAUGAUUACCAUGGGGACUGGGGUGCUGAGGAAGGGAAUUGGGACGAUGAGCAAGAAGAGCAGGAUGAUGGGGAAGAUAGUUGGGAUUAUGAUGAUGAAAGGUCACGUAUCGCACAUCCUUACCAGGGCGCCCACUUUGCACACUGGGGUGCUGGCUCUGCACAUUGGUCCAAUGGACAGAGGCAGUCGGGUGAUGCACAGCCAGAUUGGGCCCGUCGUUACGAUAUGUGGGCCUAUCAACAGUCACAGAUCUGGAAUGGCUAUGACUAUGGAAGUGGUUACCACCAGCAGGCGCAUUGGCAAUGGCCCCGUUGGUGGAGUGAUUCAAGUAGUUCUGAUGAAAACUAGGCACAGUGAACUAUGUUGUGAGGAAAACAAGGAAGCUGGAAUACAUCAGUUCUUGUUGACAUUAUAUGCUCUAGUACAUGGGUUCUUGGUUCUUUACAUGUUAACAUGAUUCUAGAUCAAAGUUAAAUUGUAACUACCAACACAAAAAUUGCCCAAAUUUUCUGGUUUUUGUGUUGGAAAUAUAAUUUCAGCUUUGAUCAAGAUUGACUUAUACCAACACACGACUUUUCAAGUUAUGAGUCAGAAUUGGUGGUCUAAUUUAACUGAGAUGAAACCU